AUGCUAGUCGACGCCGGUGCUUAUCGAUGCGCUAUUGUCAACGACCAUGGGCGAGGCAACGCGAAUUUCAACCUGAAAUUAACAGGAUUCAGUGCACCAACUUUUGUUGAAAAGCCGAAGAUUUCUUCGAAGGACGACGGUCAGAUUCUCGUCAUGGAAUUCAGGUGCAAAUCGAAGACUCCGCCUAACGCAGUCUGGACGAAGGAAAGUGAAAACAUCUCGAGCUCUGAUCGCAUCUUUCUCGGUUUCAAUCCGGAACCAAAUGACAUCUAUCACUGCGUGAUGGAAAUCAAGGAGCCUGCGAAAGAGAAAGAUGCCGGCCAAUUUGUUUGUACCGUCAACAAUGAAUCUGGCAAAUUAACUGCGACCUUCACCGUUAAAUUUGAAGUGCCGCCAGGAGCUCCGACGUUCACUCGUAAACCACAGAUUCUCCAGGAGACACUGGAGAACGGCGACAGUGCGAUCUUAUUCGACAUAGGCUUCAAGGCGGACUUCCCGCCCAACGUUACAUGGUUGAAUCCAAGGGGCAAGAAAAUGAAGGAAGGAAAACGAAUUAAGUUUGUUUUCGAACCCGACGAAGGCGAGAACACGUUUCAAGCACAGCUCCAACUUAAGAAUUACCAGAAGAAAGACAGUGGAACGUACCUAUGUAACAUCAAAAACGAGGCUGGCGAGGCGAACGUUGAACUCACCCUCAACAUCGAAGGUAAGAACUUGCGCCAAUACUGCGGUCACGGAUAUGAAUUUAACACGGACUUCGCCACAUUUAGUUUCAACAAGUCAUUAAAGUAG